AUGGUUGUUUCCGAAGAAGAUAUCCCCUUACUUAAGGCUUGGGUACAUAAUCGCAUUGUUCAAACUCCUGACGUCGAAGCUGAUGACAUUCUUACUGAGUAUGUCAUUACCCUUAUCCAGCAUGACGAGCCCAUCGACAAGCUCAAAGAAAUAUGCACAAGCGAACUUAAGGAUUUUCUCCAUAAUAACACUGAAUCCUUUGUUAAUGAUCUCAUGGAUGUUUACCAGUCUAAGGCUUACCGUAAUCCGUCACAGCAGGCUCAACAAGUUCAAACUCAAGGAGAUCAGCAACAGCAGCAACAACCUCAACCUCAACCUCAGCAGCAGGUUCAACAGCCAAUCCUUCAAGCUUCAAAUCAAAUACCUGGACUUAACAGCUUGAAUGGUGGCAUUCCUAACUUUAAUGGCCAGCAACCCUCUCUCAUUUUUAAUCCGUUUAAUGGAUCCAACAAUAUGAGUCCAUUUGGGUUCCCGCCUCCUCAAUUUAAUCAACCAAACAACAACAACAACAAUAAUAAUAAUAAUAAUAAUAGCAACACUAACAAUAAUGAUCAAUAUGACCCUUCUAAUAGCAACUUGUUUAAUACUCAAGGCAAUAAUAAUAAUUUCCAAGGUCACAAUGGUUAUAAUAAUGAUGGCCGAAGAUACAGAAAUCACAGAAAUAGAGGUGGUUACAAUAAUAAUAACAACCGACAAAACUGGAAUGAUAACCACAGAUUUAACAAUAAUAAUAAUGAUACCAAUAGCAUAGAAGUGGCCGGUGGAUUCAAUAAUAAUGACAACAAUAACGGAUCUUAUCAAAAUGGCUUCCACAAGAAAAACAAUAGAGGCUAUCUGCAGAGUAUCGCCAGUACCGCUCCAGAUGAUGAAUUCAUUAAAAAAAAACUUGUUAUCGAGAAAAUCCCUGAUGAUAAGUUUAACGAGCAAGAUAUCCGUGCUUACUUCUCUCAGUUUGGUAGUAUUACCCACCUUACUUUGGACACGGCAAACCACCUUGUUUUAAUCGAUUACGCCACACAUCAUGAGGCUCGCCAGGCUUGGUCUUCACCUGAAGCAAUUUUUGGCAACCGUUUCGUCAAAGUUUACUGGCGCAAAGCCGAUGAAACCGAUGCCGGAGAAAAUGCUGAGCCCGAAAAAAUCGAUGUCGAGGCUGUGCGUCAAGUCCAGGCCCAAAAACAAAAAGAAUUUGAAGAAAAAAUUGCCAAAAAACGCGCCAAUCAAGAAAAAAUGCUUCAAAUUCUUCAACAAAAGCAGCGUCUCAUUGAAAUGCAAAAGCAACAUCAAGACAAGCUUCUUGAAAUUGCUCUUAAGAAGGGUGAUACCAAUGAAAUCCAUCUCAAAAAGACUACUACUGCUGCUUUGCAGCUCCAGCUUGACAAUCUUAAGCGUGAAGCUUCGUUACUUUCUAGUGGCGCUUCUACUUCUCACCGGGGUGGUUACCGGGGUGGUAGAGGUGGUGGCCGAGGUGGUGCUUACCCCUCCUCUUACAGCCCUUACUCGCGCCCUACAGCUUCUAGCCCAGCCACUUCUGCUAAUACGGCUCGUUUUAACCUGGAUUUGAGACCACGUACUGUUGCAGUGUCUCCUAUUACUGUUGAUAAAGAAGAGACUUUCCGCAGUUAUCUUCUGUCAAUUGGCGAAUACGAAUCUGUUUCGCGUGAGGAUGAAAAUACUCUCUACGUGACUUUUAAGGAUCGUCGUAGUGCCGAGGUCCUGUUUUAUGGUCCUGCCACAGUUUCUGAUGUUGGCGAAAUUCAAAAGGCUUGGAAGCCAACUCAAACCUCCAAGACCGCUUCAGUUGAUAGUACUAUCUCUACUCCUGCAUCUGCCGCUGAUACAGUUAUGGAUCUCAAUUAA